CCCGCAUUUUCACUCUUCAUCCCAUCUCUCAUCUCAGAGGAAAAUCCAAUCCAAUCCACCUUAAAAGGGUACUCUAUCCGCGCAAGAGCAGAUCCGUAACUGUUUCUGCUGUGCUAAACAAGGUUUUAAAGAAAUCGGAACAGGAGAGCACUCGUAUUGAGGUUGGCUUUUUUAGGUUUAGUGAGUUCUAUAACAAAAAAUGGUGAGAGCUCCUUGCUGUGAGAAGAUGGGACUGAAGAAAGGUCCAUGGACUGCUGAAGAAGAUCAGAUCCUUGUUAAUUACAUUCAACAAUAUGGCCAUGGCAACUGGAGGGCUCUUCCCAAACAAGCUGGUUUAUUGAGGUGUGGAAAGAGCUGCAGACUCCGAUGGAUAAAUUACCUCAGACCAGAUAUUAAACGAGGAAAUUUCACCAGAGAAGAAGAGGAUACAAUCAUCAAAUUGCAUGAAAUGCUAGGAAACAGAUGGUCGGCGAUUGCAGCGAGAUUACCGGGACGGACAGAUAAUGAAAUAAAAAAUGUAUGGCACACUCAUCUGAAGAAAAGACUGAAACAAAAUCCUGGUACCCCAGAAAUAAAAACAACCUCCAUUGCUAUGAUCUCCAGAGUUGCUCAAGAAUCCAAGCAAGAAUCUGAGUUGGUAACCUUAUCAAAUCUUCCAGGACCUGAGUCGCCUGAGGGCGUAGAAUAUAGAUCCAUUUCGCCGCAGCAGUGCUCUUCCAGUGAAAUCUCAUCGGUGAUCACAGGUGAUGAUGCCAGUCAUAAUAAUAUGUCUUCCAUGAAGGUGGAAGAGUCGGAUGAUUUUCCAGAAAUGGAUGAGAAUUUCUGGUCGGAGGUAUUGUCGAGCGACAACUCAAGCUCGGGAAGUAAUUUUCCGGCGGCGGCACAAUUUCAAAUUCCAUUUUCUACAGUAGGAAAUGCCAUGGAACCUGCAGUCCAAUAUGGCUAUGAUAGCAUGGAUUUUUGGUAUAACCUUUUCACAAAAGCUGGGGAAUCACCAGAAUUACCAGAAAUUUGAAUAACAUGGUUGGAUUUACUUUUUUUCCCCACUCCA